AUGAAUAAAAAGCAGCCAGCACCAAAGAUUGGCUGCAAUAAGAAAGCUGACCAUCUCAGACCCCUAAGAAGCACCCAAUCAGGGUCUCAACUGGGACCUAUGAAUGGAUUUCUACACAUACCAUCUAGCUCACAGAUGUAUUCCGGCUCCAAGAUGACGCCUUUACCUCUCACAUCCCUGGAGACCGCUCCCGAACAGGCCAUGCUAGCACAAAAAAAUGAAGACCUGCUGUCCCUGGCGGCCACAGUGGUCACCAAAUUUGACCUGCAGGCACACUCUGAAGACCUCCAUGGGACCAUCAGUUUGGAUAUGACCCAUCUGAGGAUGUUGCGCGCAGGACCAACAUCCUCAGAUGGGUCAUAUCCAAACUGA